AUGCUUAAAAUUUCAACGCUAUUUUUAUUGGUUUUAGCCGCAUCACCAUCCCAAUCGGUAACUGAUCGAUCGUGUGGAUCAGACCUCACCCGACUAUGGUUGGAUGUCGUUUUCGUUGUGGACAACUCGAAAAAUAUGAACUUGUACAAUGUUUAUAACACAAUUUCCGCAUUAUUCAGCCCAUUAAUUCAAAUUGGUACCGGAUAUGAUGAUCCGAGGAGCACAAGAGUUGGAUUCAUUACGUACAAUUACAAUGCCACUGAUGUUGCUGAUCUCUACAUGCUGCAAUCCUACAAUGACUUGAACCAACAAAUCCAAUUGCUCAGCACUACUCCAUUAUCCAGAGAUGAUCAUUCGUAUAUUGAUUCUGGACUUGGAGCAGCAAUUCGAAUGAUUAAUGCCACUCAAGGGUUGAGAGAUAAUUAUCAGAAAGUUGUCGUCUUUUUUACAUCGCAGUAUGACUACUACUACAACUACCCGGAGGAUCAAGCCAAGGUCCUAAAAUCCCUUGGUGCUACUGUUAUCACAGUUAACACUGGCGGAGAUGAUAAUGUUCAGGAAAACCUUCACGAUAAAAUUGCCAGCAAACAAAUGGCGUUCACAAUGGCCGAUGGAAACACAACACAGGAAUUGACUCGCGCUUUGUUGGCUAUCAAUUGCUUCUGCCGUCCCGACUGGAUGCAAUAUCACUAUCCAUUGAAAUCCAAGGACAUAUACCAGAAUUAUGGUGUUUGUGUGUAUAGUCCAGCAAUUGCCAUGAAUAGAAUUAAUGCACAGAAUUAUUGUCAUGGAUUGACAAUGACGAGCUAUUUGGUCAGCGAAUUGGACCAACAGAAACGGGCGUUCAAUUGGGAGUACCUCAACUCGAAUGGAAGCGCCACCCACGCCUUCUACAACGGUCUAACCAGCUUCAAUGGUACCUGGUGGUGGGACCAACCGAAUGGAAUGCCAAUGUGGCCGCUUGACCCGUCUUCUGGAGCUGCACCCCAACGAGCUGGAUGUGUAGCCGAUAUGAAAUAUUCUGAUGGAACCUACUCAUGGACACCAAUCAGUUGUACGAAUCUUUUUAGAUUUUUGUGUGAAUCUGUCGCUUGUGAUACUGACAAUUAUUGUGAUUCUAUGCAAUAG